AUGUCGACGGGGCCGGCAUUGAAGAUUUUGCUUGGGCUAGCCAAUGUCGGGCGGGGAUGCCCAGCGGGAUCCCAACCGUCCGAUACGACACGCCCUGAACAGGUGAAUGAAUACCUGGAUGCAUUCUACGCCCACGGCGGGCGCGAGCUGGACACGGCCCGCGACCACUCUCCCCACGGGGCCGACACAUCAGAGGCCAGGCUGGGCCACCGUCGAAGCAGGCGAGCACAAGAGAUUCUGGAGAGUCUAGAUUCCUCCAUCGAGGCGUUGAAACAGCCAAAGGUCAAUGUCGGGUACCUCCACGUCCCGGAUCGCGCGACGCCCUUCGAAGAGACGGCCAAGGCUUUGAACGAGGCCUGCAAGGCCAAGGCCUGUCGAAUUUCACAGCCGACGAGGUGGAAAGAUUCGUAA